AUGGUUCAGAGAUGGCAGGAACAGUGGAAUAGAGAUUCUAAGGGGAGGCAUUUAUUUGAAGUACUGAGGAAAGUCAGGGAGGACGACAUGAAGGGACAGGAGAGGAGGCUAGGCUAAUAAGACCUUAAAUAUGAUAAUCACACUUUCCUAUUACCAGGAAACUGAAACCGUUGCGCAUGUAUUGCUACAGUGCGAGAGGGACAGAGAAAGACUGCGUUCUAGUAUGAGGGGGAUACAGGACAUCCGUUUAAAGAGUAUAUUGAGUAGAAUUUUAUAUAUAAACUCUACCUGCCAGCAACGGUGCAAGCUACGGAAGUGGUGCUGGCAGGUAGGGUUUAGUUUCUCCCUGUCUCUGGUCCACACUCCAGUACAGUAAGUGGAGGUAAUGCACCAUUACGUUGGAUGCUAACCGCUGAUAAACCCCACCGAAGAAGAAGACGAAUAUUUGGAUGAGGACGCAUGCGGUCGCCUUUACAGGAAUAAUUUUGCAAUGAAUUCCAAUUUAACGUCAACGGAACCAUCGGACGACUGGGGUGACAUAAGUGAUGCAGAAUUACUCGAUGUACAGUCAGAGCAUCUCGCCCCUCCUGACCGGUCCAGUCCGACUCUCGGUGGGAAUGUUGGUGAUGAUGGUCAGUCCUUUGAAACAACAGAGAAGAGGAUCGAUUACCUUAUUAAAAAAUGGCCUAACCUCGCUCCCCUGUUCGAGAGGGUGAAGAACCGGAGCACUGCCUUGUCUGUCCCUAACCAGAGCCCAAUGGAGAGAUUCUUUAAACGUCACCUCAGCGUUACACAGCUAUGUGAGCAGUCUUGGUGUGAGAUCAAAAUGGCCUAUGGGUUCAUUAAGCCUAAAGUAAGGAUGCUAGAGAUGCAAAAUACAGAAGUGACAACUGGGGCCAGUAUUCAUCUCGCCAGAGAACUGGAGGUGAAACCAAAUGUUGUGACUGUGGCUGCUGUCACCAGGGAGGACAGAGAGGCUCUGAAGCUAAUCAACAUGCUACAGAUGGUCCCAGCUUUAGAGACAGGCCAGCUUGUGCGGGAGUUCCCAGUGUUUGGUGUGUUGGAAGGGAUGUUCUUCAUGGGUGUGGUUGAUGAGCUGUAUCGUAGUGACUCUGGGGAACUGGUCCUGAGUGAACUGAAGACCCGCAGUCACAACUCUCUGCCCCGCCCAGCCCAGACCAAGGGACACGCUCUACAGGUGGGUAUGUACAAGCUCUUGUUUGAUUCCAUGGUAAAGGGUUCUGUGAAGAGGGACCAUCUCCUCCACAACCUUCAGCUGGAUCCUAAUCGGGUCCUUGGAUCAGACCUCCAGACCCACACCCAGUCACUGGGCCUCCAGGCAGUCACGUUCAGAGAGCUCCUUGACCACCUACUGAUCGUCCUUACCUGUUCUAACCUCCAUGCUAUCGACAAGCUACGCCUGGAGUAUAGCCACCAGAGCUCCGGAAAGCUCAUUGGCACCAGGGAGGUAGCGUUUGAGGAAGCCCAGCUUAGGACUAAUAUCAGGGGCUACCUGGCUUACUGGAGGGGCGAGAGGGUGCCCCAGGGAGUGGAAGUGGAGGAGGCCUGGAAGUGCAGGAUGUGUCCCUAUGAGGAGACCUGUGACUGGAGGAGGGAUAGAUCACAAAGGCUAAUGAUGGUGAAUAAGAGAGCCAAGUUGGAGUGUCCUAAGUCAGAUGAUCCCAAGCCGAACGGUUCGAAUUUGAAUGGGUCGAAUUUGGGAGUCGAAUACCGGUAGUUCUCCUGAAUUAAAUAGCCCUAAACAUACAGAA